UCCCGGUUGCUGCUGCCGCCGCUGCUCCUCCUCUCCUAGUCUUGGGUUUCCCUGGCACUCCUGCCGCCGCUACUUCUGCGGUCUGUAUGAGGUGGAAGAGGAGGAUGUGAAGAUGGCGGAGCUGCAGAUGCUGCUGGAGGAGGAAAUCCCGGGGGGCCGCCGGGCCCUCUUCGACAGUUACACGAAUCUGGAACGGGUGGCCGAUUACUGCGAAAACAACUACAUCCAGUCAGCAGAUAAGCAACGAGCCCUAGAAGAAACCAAAGCCUACACCACCCAGUCCUUAGCAAGUGUUGCCUAUCUGAUAAACACCUUGGCCAACAAUGUUCUGCAGAUGCUGGAUAUCCAGGCAUCCCAGCUACGAAGAAUGGAAUCUUCAAUCAAUCAUAUUUCACAAACAGUCGACAUUCAUAAAGAGAAAGUUGCAAGAAGAGAAAUUGGUAUUUUGACUACCAAUAAAAACACUUCAAGGACACAUAAGAUUAUUGCCCCAGCCAACCUUGAACGACCAGUUCGUUACAUUAGAAAACCUAUUGACUAUACAAUUCUAGAUGAUAUUGGACAUGGAGUAAAGGUGAGUACCCAGAAUAUGAAGAUGGGUGGGCUGCCGCGUACAACACCUCCAACUCAGAAACCCCCCAGCCCCCCUAUGUCAGGGAAAGGGACACUUGGGCGGCACUCCCCCUAUCGCACACUGGAGCCAGUGCGUCCUCCAGUGGUACCAAAUGAUUACGUCCCUAGCCCAACCCGUAAUAUGGCUCCCUCGCAGCAGAGCCCUGUGAGGACAGCUUCUGUGAAUCAAAGAAAUCGAACUUACAGCAGCAGCGGGAGUAGUGGAGGAAGCCACCCAAGUAGUCGGAGCAGCAGUCGGGAGAACAGUGGAAGUGGGAGUGUGGGGGUUCCUAUUGCUGUUCCUACCCCAUCUCCUCCCAGUGUCUUUCCAGCCCCUACUGGCUCUGCUGGCACUCCUCCCCUUCCUGCUACUUCUGCAUCUGCCCCUGCCCCUCUUGUUCCUGCUACUGUCCCUUCCUCCACUGCCCCAGACGCUGCUGCUGGGGGUGCCCAGACCCUUGCUGAUGGCUUCACUUCUCCAACUCCCCCUGUUGUUUCUUCCACUCCCCCUACAGGUCAUCCUGUUCAGUUCUACAGUAUGAAUAGACCUGCCUCUCGCCAUACUCCUCCAACAAUCGGGGGCUCAUUGCCCUAUAGACGCCCUCCUUCCAUAACUUCACAAACAAGCCUUCAGAAUCAGAUGAACGGAGGACCUUUUUAUAGCCAGAAUCCAGUUUCAGAUACACCACCUCCACCACCACCUGUGGAAGAACCAGUCUUUGAUGAAUCCCCUCCUCCACCUCCUCCUCCAGAAGAUUAUGAAGAAGAGGAAGCAGCCGUGGUUGAGUAUAGUGAUCCUUAUGCUGAAGAGGACCCUCCAUGGGCCCCACGAUCUUACCUAGAAAAGGUUGUGGCCAUUUAUGAUUAUACAAAAGACAAAGAGGAUGAGCUGUCCUUUCAGGAAGGAGCCAUUAUUUAUGUCAUCAAGAAGAAUGACGAUGGUUGGUAUGAGGGAGUUAUGAAUGGAGUGACUGGGCUCUUUCCUGGGAAUUACGUUGAGUCGAUCAUGCAUUACUCUGAGUAAAGCUUAGCAGGGCUGUGCUUCCCUCACAGGAAUAGUCAGGUCUUCCCAGAUUGUCCAAAGGCCCCAGGGGUUCCCCUCCAGUGAAAUGAAUGAAGGAUGAAAAUGAUAAAAAACUACUUAUGUUUUUUUGGUUUAUCCCCCAGUAUUAAAACAAAAACAAAAAAGCAAGCUGAGUCUGAACAAAUGGAUCUUUCUGCCAUCAUUUGUACUAUGCUGAGCUGUCUGGAUUGAAAUAAAGUGACUGUUUCUGAAUAUGUCAAAGCUGUAACAAAUAACUAUGUAGCUGAAACAAAUCAGAAUAAGACUGAUUCAGAAAAAAAUCUGGGAUCUUUCUCAGGAAUACUGUACAUUCUUGGAGUUUCUCCUCGUGCAGAGCUUGUGGCAUUAGAUGUUCUUCAAUGCCUGUGCUAAGGGGUUAACCUCGUGGCCAUAUGGGUCCCUUAGCCCCACACUUUCUUCAACUUGUAUGAGGAGGAGGGAACCGAUAUUUAAAUAUCAUACUUAACCAUUUUUAUAAUUGUUUCAGAUAGCUUAUUUCUUCUUUAACACUGUAAAUUCUACAUUCCUUCAGGACUUGAGUGAACCAAACGAGUUGAUGCUGAACUGACUUGCAUCCCUGUGUUUCUUAGUUUUUAGAUUAUGACAGGACUUCAAGCCGGUUCGGAAAAGUUUAGUAGUUGCCGAGGUAAACAAGGGCAGCGUACAUGUUGCAUAGCAACCAAAUCUGUUGCCUGUUGGAUUUUGACCCAAGUAGGAAACAACAGCGGUACCCUGCUCAAAGAUGACAGCCGACUGUGCCACUUUGAAUGUGUUGCACUCCACAUUUCCUGCCAAUAAUCCAGUUUCCACGUGGAUCCCGAAAGUCUCAGGAGCCUGAUGCGGGAGAUUGAACUGUUGGCAGGAUUGUGGAGAGUCAUACAUACUCAGAGCAGCCUGCUGAGCUGCCGUCUUUGAGCAGGACACUGCUGUUUGUUUCCUUCUCACGUCAAAAUGGAACGGAUAACAGAUUUGGUUGCUAUGUAAUGUCUACGCUGCCCUCCUUUAUGUUGGCAAUUACUGAACCAUUCCAAAGCCCUGGAUUAUGAAGAUGAAAUUUUGAAAUGUGAAAGUCCCCAAACAUCCUAAGGGUGGUUAACAAGUGCCAGUUUGAUUUAAUGUGCAGCUGCAUGAGACUACAUUGCCACUAAUGGCCAGUGUACCCAGAUGUUUCCAGCAUGGUAGGCUGCUUCACAUGCUAGGUAGGCUUGUGGCCGCCUAAGGAUCUGAAGAGUUUGAACCAUAGAAAUGUUCUACUUAAAGGCAUCCUGAACCCUUGCCUUAGGUGCUGUUUUGAGAGGUAAGGUCUUAGAGAUCAGACCAACUAUUUCUUUACUUCAUUCACUAUUUAGAGAAAAAAAAUCUUCUUUGGAAAAUAGUUAUUUCAAGUGUCUCGACGGUCACAGGCAAUGAAAGGCUUGCUCCUGUGCUCUCUGAAUGUCAUUAAUGGCCAAUGUGACCUGCUGCUGAGUUGUUCAUUCCCUUAGCUCUAGAAAAGGUAAAUACGCUCCUGAUUUACUGUGAUUGGACUCUGAAGUAACUGUGCCUGGUAAGAAUUUGAACCUUAUAGCUCAGACUAAUAGUGAGUUUUAAGAUUAAUAGGGCAAAACUUGCCAAUCACAUAGAUAAAAAUUAAUAUAACUUUGAGA